AUGAUAAAAUUUAAAGGAAAACUGGGAAUAAAACAAUACAUGAAGAGCAAACCUUGCCCUUGGGGUAUAAAAAACUUUUUAUUAUGUUCUUCGAAAGGAAUGAUCUAUGCCAUGGUAUGCUUUUAUACCAAGGAAAAUCAACUGAAAUUGACCCAAAUUUUCUUAAAAAGUGAUAAAGACCUAACUAAAUUAGGAAGAGGUUCUUCAUAUGAGGUUAGUUCUAAAGACAAUAAAAUUGGUAUAAUCAAAUGGUGUGACAAUAAAAUUGUUUACCUUGGUUCUAAUUAUGUUACGUCAGGAACACCAGACAUAGUUAAACGUUUUGAUAAAAAAGAAAAAAGAUAUAUUGAAAUGAGUAGACCUGAAAUAGUUAGACAUAACAACUCCAUGGGAGAUGUAGACCUUCAUCAUCAACUUAUAAGUUACCUAUUACAGAGUUUUUAUUAA